GUCCCCCCGCUCCUGCCACUCCUCUGGGUGACGUCCGGGCGGGUGGUCGUGUGAGUCGCAUUGUGACAUAUUAUUGUUUAUUAUUUCCUACACCUACCUACCAUACCAGGAGGACAGCACAAAAUUGGCGACGAGGUGAAAAUUUUUUUCAGAACGAGCGUGCCUGGGCGGGCGGGAGCAGGAGUGGGGGGCGGGGAGCGUUAUUCGCCCGGUACACCUCGGCAAGCCUUCAGUCUGCCUCCGACCGUUCUGGCGAGUUCGUGCCGCUCGCCCCGCCCAUCGGACUCGCUACAACCGCGUGCCGCUGAAAAAGAAGCAAUUUUCUCAAUUAAACCGCGGGUGAAAACCUCCUUGGCGUUUGUGUUUUGUUUUCCGUGUCCUGUGACGUCACAGCCGCACCUGACUGGCUUGUUUUGGUAGCUUCGCGCGUCAAUACCGCCCCUCGUAACACGAUCACAUCGAGGCUUAAUAGACAAAAAAAUUUCAACUACAGUAUCACUUUGAAGUAAGCAAAACAAGAAAUGUGGUGCGACGCUCAACCGACUCUCUACAAAUCCACCGAGAUCUAUUGAGCUUGCCAUGACCUCCGAAGAGCCCAUAGAUGUCGUCGCCAAAAAAGCUGAUGCGAAAAAACCAGAUGACGGCACUAAUUUCACAGAUGAUAUACAAGAGAACAGAAAAAAGAUCGAAGAAGAAAAGCAAAGAAGAUCACAAGAACUAAUGCGAUUAGUGUACGAAUUACCAGAUGAGAUAAGGAAUCCGGGAAUUAACGAAAAUAACAAUAUGUUGAAAGAAAACCCACCAAUUACGAUCGUUGAGAUCACAGAACAAAAUGGUUGUGAGACAGAAUUAGGAAGUGCCAGGGAAUGUGAUAACGAGGUUUACCUUAAACUUACCGAUGGGGAUUGUACAGAAGAUUUAGGAAAUAAGGUUGUACUGGACGUAUUAGCAACUAAUGAAUUAAUUAUGCAAUGUUCAGAUGAAUAUAAGGAAGUUAUAGACAGGUCAUCGCCCGAUGACUGUACAGAUGAAGAGUUGCUCGAAUUGAAAAAAAUUUUAGAAAAUAAACCUAAAGUAUUAGAAAGGUAUAUAAGAGAAUGUGCGUCUUCUGAUGAAGUGAAUAGGUUACAUAAUUUAACGUCUUCGGGUCCAUUGUCCCCGAGACCACGUCACGAAGCACGGAGCACAUCUAUGACAUCAGACCUAAUCCAGCUUUGGUUAGCAUCGUCUCCAGUUAAGAGGUCACGAUCACCCAGUGGUUCGGCGAUACAAAACCAGUUGGAUGAGGCGGACCUUUUCAUGGACUUGAUCAAAGAUGUCGCCAACGAAUUGGACAUCGAUGUGCUCUGUCACAAGAUCCUGGUGAACGUGUGUCUGCUGACGUCAGCAGACAGAGGCAGCCUAUUCUUAGCUAAAGGUACAGCACCGAACCGCUACCUACAAGCGAAGCUCUUCGACGUCACUAGGGAUACAGAAUUAAACGACGCCCUCAAAAUAGCGAGAACACAAGAGAUCAAAAUUCCUUUUGGUGUUGGAGUAGCAGGGCUGGCAGCGCAAACUAAACAUCCGAUCAACAUAAAAAAUGCUUACGCGGACCCAAGAUUCAAUAGUGAAAUCGACGCCAGAACCGGAUACAAGACAGAACUGAUCCUGUGCAUGCCGAUAUGCAACUACGAAGGCGACGUGGUCGGUGUCGCUCAGAUUAUCAACAAAACUGAUGGAUCCUUGGAAUUUUCACCGCGCGAUGUCGAAGUUUUCCGCCGUUACCUCACCUUCUGCGGUAUUGGCAUCCAGAACGCCCAGCUCUUCGAAUCUUCUGUUCUGGAGUACAAACGGAAUCAGAUCCUUCUAGCAUUAGCUAGAAGCAUAUUUGAGGAACAGAGCAAUUUAGAAUGUUUGGUGACUAAAAUAAUGACAGAAGCGAGGGAAUUAUUAAAAUGCGAUAGAUGUGCUGUGUUCAUAUUAGACACGGAUCAUUGUGAGUCGAGCCAUCUAGAAAGAAUUGUCCAACGUCCUGGUGGUAGACCAUCGGCAGUGCCCGCGUUACCUCCACCUGCACCGACUAGAUUCAACACACUCUUUGAACUAGGCGCCCAUCAGUCCAGGACCACCCUUACACCGAGGCAUGACACAAAAUCAACUUUAGCUUCUAUUGCUUUGGCGGUGGCUCAAUCCAACAAGGCUCUCAACAUAUCGGAUGUGAGUCAAUGGCGUAAAGAGAACGCUAUGGAAGCAGUUGAUCCAGAAGUGGAUGACGCUAUCAAUGUGAGGACGAUGCUGUGUAUGCCUAUUGUCAAUGCGAAUAAAGACGUUAUUGGCGUGGCACAGUUAAUUAAUAAAGAGAACGGUUCCCAAUUCACAGACGGUGACGUCUCCAUCUUUGAAGCAUUCGCCAUCUUUUGUGGUCUCGGUAUUCACAACACGCAAAUGUAUGAGAACGCGUGUAAAUUAAUGGCUAAACAAAAGGUUGCGCUCGAGUGUCUAUCAUAUCACGCCACAGCAUCAGCGGAAGACACCAAUAAGUUAUGUCAGGAUGUUAUACCGUCGUCUGAGACAUACAACCUAUACAGUUUUCACUUUCAUGAUUUUGAUUUGUCCGAUGAUGACACGUGCAAAGCAACUUUACGGAUGUUUUUACAAUGUAAUUUAGUUGAGAAAUUCCACAUACCAUAUGAUGUUUUAUGCAGAUGGAUAUUAAGUGUGAAGAAAAACUAUAGGCCAGUAAAAUAUCACAAUUGGCGACACGCUCUGAACGUUGCGCAAACGAUGUUCGCAAUGCUGAAAACCGGAAAAAUGGAGAGAUUUAUGUCGGAUCUAGAAAUUCUCGGUUUGUUAGUAGCUUGUCUAUGCCACGACUUAGACCAUAGAGGUACUAACAACGCCUUCCAAACGAAAACUGAGAGUCCUCUAGCCAUAUUGUAUUCUACGUCAACGAUGGAGCAUCAUCAUUUCGAUCAGUGUGUCAUGAUUUUGAACAGUGAGAGCAAUAAUAUUUUCCAGGCACUUUCCCCAGAUGAUUACAGAGACGUGAUGCGUGUUGUAGAGACAGCUAUAUUGUCAACCGAUCUGGCUAUGUACUUCAAGAAGAAAUCAAAGUUUCUAGAACUUGUUGACAAUGGAGAAUUUGAUUGGCAGAGCCCGGAGAAAAAAGAAUUAUUAUGCGGUAUGAUGAUGACUGCGUGCGACGUAUCAGCCAUAGCAAAGCCUUGGGAGGUUCAGCACAAAGUAGCCAAGUUAGUUGCAGACGAGUUUUUCGACCAGGGAGACUUGGAGAAACUGCAGCUUAAUCAACAGCCGAUUGCUAUGAUGGACAGAGAAAAGAAAGAUGAACUGCCUCAAAUGCAAGUUGGUUUUAUUGACAUGAUAUGUCUUCCGUUAUAUAAAGUGCUCUCCGACACGUUUCCAUGGAUACAACCGCUGUAUACAGGCACAAUGGAGAACAGGCAGCGUUGGCAGGACCUAGCGGAGAAGGUGGAAAUGGGUCUCACAUGGAUAGACCAUGACACCAUUGACAAACCCAUUGAGGAGUUCACCGCAUCCAACGAACCAAUCAAAGAUGUAGAACUUACCGUGACAACUCUAAAUUGCUCGAAGCCGAUCCCAGAAAGCAGUAGUAUGACGGUGGUGAAACCAAUAAAAACUACAUUCUCUUCACUGAGGAGAGGGAAGAGCGGGAACUUCGCGUCGAGGCCUACAAGAAACAAACUUACUAGAUCUCUCUACGCGGCAACAAGCACGCAACGCGACGCCGAGAGAGAGAAGGCGAUAGUGAAGAAGCCGACCGUGGUGAACUCAGACAGCAACAGUCACACGACAGCGGUGGCCGACGAGCAGAGCAAGACGAAGCAUAAAGCCAGGCUGUGCCAUAUGUUGUGACGAUUAAGUUUCAACUGGAGCAGUCAAAACAGCACGGAAAGGGCCGAGAAGCUGGACAGAGUGAAGCCGUCCAAAUCGAUCGACUAGUUCAGUACCACACGUGACUGUAUGUCUUAAAUAAGUUAAUAGCUGUUACUUGUACAUUUCUACUAUUAGGUGAUACUUUGUAUUAGCUAGUGAAUAAUAUAAAAACUUUUGCUACGAUUGACUGACUAAAAUUUAUUUAAAUAUUUUUUUAAUGUAAAAUUGUAAAUCAAAUAUGUCUCCUGGAACUAGUAUUAGCUAGUAGGAGUUAGAUAUAUUUAAUUUUUAUAAAUUUAAUAUUAAUAAAAAUAUGAGAAUGCUUUUAAACAACUAACGACUACAAGAAUAAUAUUCUUACGCUUCUAUCAAUUUUAUAAUUUAUUUAUCUAUCAAAAUAUAAAUUAGUAUAAAAUGAAGCGUCAAUUAUGAAGUAGAUUUUUAAUGGAAUAUAUAAAUUGAAUCAAAACCAUUAAUAUUUUAUUCCAGACAAAUAUUUAAUGGAAUUGGUUUUAAAUGCGGUACAGAUUUAACUAAAUCUACUUUACCUUUUUACAUAUGUAACAUUUAUUAUUGUUGAAUAAAUUUUGUUCAAUCAAUCGUAUUCUAGUAGAACUAAAAAAAUAAUUGUAGCAUUUUAAUCUCUUCGUCGUAUUGACGGUAAUAGUUUCCUGUAAACAUAUUUAGGUAAAUGUUUAUCUAUUAAUAUAUUAUUUACAUAGACUGUGAUCUAGUGUUACUUCACGAGAUUCUAUUUUAAAACUAUAGACUUUAUUCCAGUAGAUGACGCUUGUGGCACUUAUUUGCCAAAUAAUUUCAUGCAUGUACUGUACAUACUGAUUCACAGACUAAAUGUGGUAGUAAUGAACGACUUUUAAAAACACCUACUUUUAUGAUUUUAUAAUGGUAAUAUAAAAACAAGUAUUUGCAAGAGAGUACCAAUUGUAUAAUAAUUUUAAUAAUAAUUUAUCAUACUUUAUCACGUAACGUUAUAUUAUAAAGACAGCGAAUUAUAAAAUUCUUAUUAGAAUUUCUUAUUACAGUGGUGCUAAUUCUGUGUUAGUAUUACUUUUGAAGUAUAUAUAUAUAUAUAUAUAUAUAUUACCAAUAUUACAAUUAUAGUAUAUAUUUAUCUAUAUAUGUAAUAAUACACCGACUAAAUAUUAAGGUGCGUAAUUUAAAAAGUUAUAUUUUUAUUUUAUUUACAAAUACGAUAUUCGUGAUAAGUAUCACUUAUUUAUUACUGAAUUAAAUAUCAACCUUGGUAUUAUUUCAAUUGUGAAAUACAGUAAUAUAAAUUGAUUUAAAUUAAAUUUUAUUCAUUAAGUAAAUUAAAAUCUACUCAAAUUGUAGAUUAAAUAAAAAAAAGCCUUAAAAAAGGCUUUCAUCAAACAUAGCUAAGUACCAUCCUACACGGAUACAUAGUUCGAAUUUAUAACGCUUUUCCUUUUGUACCGGGAGCGUAAAUUAACUAAUAAAAAUUAAUUGGUACUCUCUUGUAAUAAUCAUUUCAUCAGAACAAAUUAUUGUACCUUGACGAUAUAAUAUCCUUAAUCAUUAGUGCUUUACUUUUAAAAUAGAAUAUUCGUCUCUUGGCCUGUAAAAUAAAAUGUACGGGGCGACCGUCAAUAUUAAUUAAGUAUGAAACGAGAUUUUACAUAAUUCGUGACAUUAUGACCUCUUUUAAUUAAAUUAUUUAUUAUAAUUAUUCAUCAUCGAAGUAUUAUGAUGCUAGUCGAAUAGUUUUUUUUUUUGUUAACAUUAUCAGUAACCGAGAGUCACUCUUUAGAUACGUCCAUUUCGCUUACAAAGCUAUAAUGUGCAAUAUUAUAAUAGAUUAAUGUAUGUUUUUUGAAUUAAGAAAUCUUAUUUAUCAACAUAUAAGUAUACCAAUGACUGGUCAUGUACACUACAUUAUUUUUGAUGAAUUUUAUAGAAUUAGUUUUUUUUUUUAUUAUUACAUCAAACCUUGUACCUGAUUUAACAGUAUUCCAUUACAUUUUUACGCCAGAUAGACAAUACCUACGUAAUAGUUAAUUUUAAACUUUCAAUAAAGAAGCCAUACAAAGACAUACCUAUGUAUAUACUAUUAAUCUACAAAAAUUUUUCAUCGCAUUAAGUCCCAAUAUUGUAUUUAAAAUACCAAAGUAUAUUAUUGAGAAAGGUUUAGAAAUGAUUUCAGACAUUAGCUAUUUAUCUUACAGGUAUGAGUCACGAAGAACUUGUAGGUUUUUAAUUUAUUAUAAAUAUACUAUAUUCACCAGAGGAAGACUUUGUACAAAAGUCGAUUGCUUGGGUAACUCUGUCCCAUUCAGUUUCAGUUUGAAGGGUGGGAUAUGGCAUGAAUUUACUGGGUACAGAGGAAUAACACCUGAGUCCUCAGGAAUGGCAACGCAUGAGGAGUAUCAUGGGCGAAACAGUAUACUCUGUUAUGUCCAUGGUACUGCUCAUGUCUAUAUGCGACGGUUACCACUUUCCAUCAGGUGGGCCGUCAACUUGUUUGCCAUUCUAAGUUGUAUAUAAAAAAAAACUUAUGUUCAUCAUCAUCCUACCAGCCGUUAACGGUUCACUGCUGACCAAAAAGCCUCCCCAUAAGACGGACUUUGCCAGUAGUUGCCACACUGGAAGGCUGGUCUGCAACCACAGUUAGACUUUAAUGAUGUUUUAAAAGAGACAUUACUGCCCAUCUCUUGACCAUUAUGUUGGUCAAGAAAUGGGCAGCAGCGUCUCUUACAAUAUUCACAAAUAUAUUAUAUUAUUUAGCUAUAAUUUACAAAAUUACUUGACUGUUAUGAUGAUAACUUAAUAGAUAGAUAAUAAUAGGUAGAAUUAAUAUCUAAAAUUUAAUGCAACUUAUUAUUUGACAAAUCUCAAAACAUAAUGUAGUGUGCCAUGAAGUCAAAUGUCUACGUAUAUUAACUAUUAUCAAAUAAAACAAGUCUCUCUUUAUUUUCAAUACGAAUUCGUGUAGAAAUCUUAAAGAAAGAUGGUAUUUCGAAAGCCUUUUGGAUAGAACUUUAGAGAUGAGGAAAUUGUGCAAUUUUUACUAUUGUUAAAAUCUAGAUAAAUACCUAGACCUAAAUACACUUUUUUACGCUAUAAAGGUGAAGUUUAUGUAUAGCUAAAUAAUCAGGUCCAGGACUGAGGUCCGGGGUGUACCUAUUUGAACUACUGUUACAUUACAAGGAUUAUGUUGAUUGUAUUGGCUUGAAAACCCCUUUGACAACAUGUAGGUUUGAAAACAAACGCUUGGAUGUUCUAAAUAUAACAGUAGAUUAACAAUUACCCUUAAAUCAAACUGUUUUAGUUUAAAUACAGUUAUAAUUAAAUUUACAGUUUAACUGGCAACAUAUUUUUUAAUUCUUGUGAUGUAACCUUUUUAGUUAAUGUUUAUAUCAAUAAAUACGAUAUCGUGCUAUAAUUAAAAAAAAAUAGCCCUCUUUUUAUUUAAAUAAAAUAAAGUAGUAAAAAAUAUUUUACUCUUAAAAAAAUUUCACCUUCAUAAUGUAAAAAAUUGUGUAAGUAAUUAAUACUUUCAAAAUGUUGUGAACAUAGUCUUUACUUAGUUAUCUAGUAUAUUCUAUGUGGUUCAAAAAACUGUAUUUUAUUUAUUUAAGAAACUUAUUUUUUGUUAAAAUUACCAAAUUAGUUACCAAAAUGUUUAGCUUAAGAAAUUAAAAAUAAAUAAACUAUAACUAGUGGACUCCAUUUGAAGUGUGACAACGAAAUUAAAUAUUACAUGUCCUAAGAUUAAGGGUUCCUUAAUCUUACUACAAGCCACGAUAUCAAAUGUCAGUUAAUAAUCAAAUGGCGUCAGUAUUUGGCAAGGGUAAUAUUUCCAAAGAUUAUUAUUUAAUACCUAAAGCUAGUAUACACAGGUGACAUUUGUCAUUAUGACAGUUUUCACACUCCUAUCAAGUCAGAUAUGAGCGCGCAGAAAUACUUAUGAAUAAAUAAUAAUAAUUUGAGACAAUGAUGCAUUUAAAAUCAUGAACAAAUCUUCGAGCGUUAUUCCGCUAAUAUGUUUUACUUACCUCCUCCUUUCCUUACUUUACACGUAUAUGUAUAACAAAAUUGUCAUCAUGACAAAUUUCACCUAUGUGUGAUAUGUCUUAGUAACUAGUAAUUAAUAAACGACACUACAAGACAAUGAUAUUUUAUUACGUUUUAAAAACAUUGUUUAAAUGAAGUGAUUGUUGUUGUAUUUAUUUGAGAUUCUAUUUUAUGACGAUAUCUUUUUAAUGUAAUCUACGUUUCUAAUAUGGAAAUGACAUGAUUGACAUACCCAUUGCUGCAAGGAACUUUCGAUCUGCAGUUUUAUAGCCUAUUUUUAAAUAUAAUUAUUGAAGAUUUUUAAUUGUGUUUAAAUCAGCAUAUACUAAUAAUCAUAAGAAGUUUACGCAUUCUGGCGUCCAAUAUAGGUUGCCUUCAUUAGACUCGCUAAGUAGAAAAGUGUCAGCUGAUAUAUAUAUGAGUUCACUAACUUUAAAAUAUAUAAGUUUAUUAGCAAGCCUUCCGGUGUCGCAUAGAUGUAAAUUAAUAUACACACAAAUCUAUAAAAAUAACAGUAACACCUAUUAAAAAAUUCGUUGUGUUAUCAAAAAGAAGUAAACGGUAAAACACAAAUUCAGAUAAUGAUUUUGUUUUAUACUAUUUUUAAUAAUAAUAUGUAUAUAUCAUAUUAAUUAAUUUAUAAUAUUUAAUGUAAUGUAAUGUAAAUAUAUAACGUGAAUAUUUACUGGAUAUAUGUCAUGAACUGCUAAACUAAGUACAGCUUAUACAGUGGAUACUACUGUUAAACAUAUUUAGUUUAUACCUAAUAGUAGUUACAUAUUGUAUUAUCUAUGCAAAAUAAAUACAUAAAAAGAACCCAAAUCAUUACAAACAGUCAUACUCAUGAAUACAAACGUUUGUAUGUUACAAAGAUCGAGGUCGCAAUUGUCGAAAGAAUCCACCGGAAAUUCAAUGUAACCCCUCUUUGACGUCUAUUUGAAAGGAAGCUAUAUCCGCAUCAUCAAUAUUCUCCGCGCCAUUUUUACCAUAUAUUACUGGCUUUUAAAGAUAAAUUGCGUUCCUACUUCUUAAAAAAAGGCCGAUUUAUAAAAUUCUUUGUCUUCGUUUCUCACUUUUUCUUUAAACUUAACUUUGAUGGUUAUUAUGUUUGAGUCAUAGAUUGUUUUCUUCACUCUUCUAGUACAAUAAAUUAUUUGAUAUAGUGAUAUUUUUUGUAUUUAUUUAUUUAUUAUAUAAUACAUACAUAUAUACAAUUUAUUUAUAUUACAUAUUUUAUGUACAUUUAUAUAAAUCUAAUUAUUUGUUUAUAAUAUAUGAAUAUGUUAAGUAUUACUUUAUGUUUUCUCAAUUCAUUAAUGCACCGUCUACCUAUUUCUAUUUGCCUAAAGAUUAACUAGUAGAGAACACCACCCGGUGUCAAAUCAAUAAAUGUACAUACAAUUAUACUGUGUAAUAAGGUUUAAAUAGUUAUAUAAAUAAAUAUGAAGUUGUUAUCUAUGUUUUGACACAGUUUUUAAAGUUAUUGAUAUUAUUUUUGUGUGGCGUUUUACUGGCCAUUAUUCUAUUAUUCUUUCCGAUAUUGUGAUCAGAUAAAAAGAGUCAUCAUGAAUUUUAUUAUUUACCCGUUUUUCUUAAUUGUAUAUAAAUUUACACGGCAAACAAUAGCAGACUCUCGCAUUUCUAAAUACUCAUAACUAAAAAAAAUUAAUAAAAUUAAUAGUUGAAUAAUCAUCAGCUGGAUUAUGAAUUAAAAAUCCAACAGCUAAAUUAAAAUAAAUUAUGAUCCAGUGAAUUUUUAAUAAUUUAUUUAAAUUGACUGAAACUUCAAAAAAAUGCUUUCGCACACAAUUUAACUAUAUUACUUGAGGAGUUUGUUUUAUAUUAAAUAUAUUAUCGACGCAUUGUCUAACUUUUUUAGUUCUAAUAUAACGUGUAUGUACAGUACGAUAGGUGUAUCGUACACUUACACGUUUGUAUUAGAUAAUACACAGGUAGUAUAUGAAGAUAGAUACAUUUAUUUACUUAUCACUUUUCCCAUCGACAUUACUUUUGAUCAACUAUUACUAAUCGAAAUUAAAUAUAUUUUAAAAUGAAAUGAAAGACUUGAAGUAAUGGCAGCAUUAUUAAGUUCCUAACAGCAAUGCGGUCUGUUGAUUCAGUAAAUAAAUCUGUAAAAUACCUACUGAAUGUGUUUCGACAAAUAAAAUAUUGUGAACUAUA